GCCACGCAGGCUUCGACAGCCCCAAUAGCAGCGAUUGCUACGCAGACGUACCAUACAAUCAAACCACGUCAAUGCGGCGGCAUUGCAACCCAAACCCCGACACACUUCUGGGCGUGCAAUCGCGGAACCACCAACAUCGCGUUCGUCACCAUUUCCAAAAUCCUAUCUAGCAAAAAAAAAUACCUAACGCCGGACGAAUUGUGCGUGGCGAAUAUUGAGGACAGGCUACUUGCCUGGACCAAAAAAUAUCCGUCUUCUUCUAUUAAUCAAAUUCGGGAACAAGUCGAGCGUCUUUACCAAAACACCCCAAAAAUCUCGGCUCAACUUGCAAAAAAACUCCAGUCAGCGACCUCGUUAGAAACCUUUCAACGAGAGCAUCAUUUUAACGUCCUUUGUUUCCAAACCUCCGAGCCCUCUAUCUUGCACUGCAACACAUCGCCAGCGUCGCCGCAAAAAUGUUUGCUUGAGUCUCCCUAUACUGUGCCUUAA